AUGGCUAAUGAUGAUCAAUACGGGGUUUCUGCAUGUGAACUUUCGCUUUCGGUCCUAGCUACCGUGAUCGACUGUAAUACAAGUAACAUUGUUAACGAUAACUUCACCAGAAUUGUCAAGGGUUUCGAAAGUCCCAUCCAAGCUGCCAACCUUUCUCCAAACGAAUUCUCCAGAGCCCAAGCUCGGAAACACUUACAGUACCUUCAGCGGCGUCUUAAGGUUGGUGAUGCACUAACCGAGGCUAAGACAGCAAAGAAAGCUCCGGUGACUCGAGCUGAAUUUAUUCUACGCAAAGAUUUGCCAGGACGACUUUCAGCAGACGGCCCACGACACGAUAAUGAUCACACUGACAUAUGCGAUAUUAGAAUUCUUCCUACGCAUGAAGAAAUUACUUCGAUACGUAACGAAUACUUGCCAACUACCGACCCUUCUUUAUUUCAUGUACCCGGAAUUCGUGGGCGCCUUGACAGAGAAUUCCGCCUACUACGAGAAGAUACAGUAGGCCAGCUUCGAGAUGCAGUUAGCGCACAACUCAAGGCAAUGAAAGAUCCCAAACGCAAGCAGGAGCAUGGUAACGGAAAUUCUAUUCGUACAUACGCAUAUCAACAAGCAGAAAUCGUUGAUGCUAGCUUUGAUAGAAUCCAGGGCAUGGAUUUGCUAGUUCAAUUUCUACAACCUACAUCUAAGAAGAGUGUCCAGCAGCGGAGGGAUUGGUGGAGUAACUCCAAGCGUCUUCAACCUGGGGGCCUUGUCUGCAUGCUUUCCGGAAACGAUUCCGUCUUGUUUUGCGUGGUUGGUGAUAGUACUAUCAUAGCGAGCGACCAAAAAGGCGUUAGAAAGGCGGAAGAGAACGAAGAGCCCUCGAAUAAACCAUCUCUUGCUGAUGAGGAUGUAUGGGCUUAUGUUCAUCUGCACCUUGUCGAGGCCCGUCCACAUGAUAUCGGUCAAGCACUUCGAUGGUUUCAAAAUAUCGGCCCCGAACAGCAACGAUGCCUUGUGGAGUUCCCUCGUGUUCUCCUUCCCUCAUUCCAACAUACACUUAUAGCCCUUCAGCGAAUGUCGAAAAAGUCCGAUGUGCCUUUUGACGAAUUCAUUGCUCCAGCUAAGGCGGAGCUUGAUCUGGGAGUCAAAGAUGUCGGUCCUCCCCAGUACACCACGAAGCCGAAUUUCUCCUUCGACCUCAGCUGCCUUACGCAAGAUAAUGCAACUCUGCGUCAUUCACCCCGAAGACCGCUAGACCCACGAGAGUUAGCAAGCCAUUCAUCUCUUGAUGCAACUCAGUCUGGCGCUCUUUUAAACACAUUAUCGAGAAAGCUGGCUCUGAUCCAAGGACCUCCAGGUACUGGAAAAAGUUUCACCGGCGAGAAGAUAAUAAAGGUGUUACUUGCAAAUAAACUCCAGGCUGACCUCGGACCUAUUCUCUGCGUGUGUUAUACCAACCAUGCCCUAGAUCAGUUGUUGGUGCACCUGAUGCGCGAUGGAGUCAAGAUUAUUAGAAUCGGGUCAAGGUCGAAAUCAGAGGAGUUAGAGGGCCUCAAUCUCCGCGCCGUGGCCAAAACUGCGGAUCGUACUAAGGCUGAAAAGGGCUCGAUGUGGGAAUUGAGGUCAGAACGCGAUGAAGAUGUCCGUACGAUAACACAGUCCAUCAAUGAUCUUGCAGCUUGCCAAACUCCAGUUUCGAUUCGAAACUACCUUUCUAUACAUCAUAAAACCCACCACAAUGCUCUAUUUGGGAUUGAAGAUGAAGAGGGAUGGCAACAGCAACAGCGUCGAAAGCCUGGCCAACUCCUCGGCCAAUGGCGAACUAGUGGCCAACGUGAAAACCACGCUCCUCGCGAAAUAGCUCAAUUAAUUUAUGCGGAUGUUUGGACCAUGAGCAAUGCAGAGAGAAAACGUCUCUACAAUUAUUGGCUGCGAGAAAUACGCGACCCGCUGAUAACCGACAUCAUACAGAAGUAUAAGAGUUACGAACAUACCACAGAUGAGUUAGACAAGGUGUCUCGUGACGUUGACCUGCGAUGUCUGCAUGAAGCGGACGUGGUUGGUGUUACAACUACUGGGUUGGCGAGGAAUCUUGGUCUCCUCCAAAAGCUAAGAUGCAAAGUCAUGUUGUGCGAGGAAGCAGGAGAGGUCCUCGAAGCACAUACCUUGACUGCCCUCCUCCCCUCUGUCGAACAUGCUAUUUUGAUCGGCGACCACCAACAGCUAAGACCCCAGAUAGUAAACUACGAACUCCAAAGUACGAAUCCAAGAGGUGGUCAAUACUCCCUCGAUGUAUCUCUAUUCGAGCGUUUAAUCCAACCGCCAUAUGAUACAGACCCGAAAUUACCAUAUGAUACUCUAGAGACCCAAAGGCGAAUGCACCCCAGUGUCUCAGAGUUGAUUCGAUCAACCUUGUACCCUCGGCUUGAAGAUGGUGGCCCGGUAGCUCAAUACCCAGAGAUCUAUGGUAUGAAAAAACGGUUGUUCUGGAUGCAUCACGAAUCACCUGAGGAUCGAGAAGUUCAGCCCGAUCCGAUGACAACUUCACGUACAAAUACCUUUGAAGUCGAAAUGACUAUAGCACUCGUCCAGCACUUGGUAAGACAAGGAUCAUAUGGUUCGGAUGAUAUCGCUGUCAUCACACCAUAUCUAGGGCAACUUAAUCGACUUCGCCGCGAGAUGGCGAAAUUAUUUGAAAUUUCUGUUGGCGAGCGAGAUCUGGAAGAGCUAGAAGCUCUCGAUGCUGAUCAACUAGCAGCCGAUAAUAUAGCUCUUCAACCCCACAAGCCCGUCACCGUCAAGAAAACCCUCCUGAAAAGUAUUCGAUUAGCAACUGUCGAUAACUUCCAGGGCGAGGAAGCGAAAGUCGUGGUAAUUUCUCUCGUGAGGAGCAACGCCGCGAAGGAUUGUGGAUUCUUGAACACGUCUAAUCGUAUCAACGUACUACUAUCUCGAGCUCAACACGGCAUGUAUCUGAUCGGCAAUGCAAACACUUAUAGACAUGUGCCUAUGUGGGCGAAGGUCUUAGAUAUUCUUGCAGAUAACGAAAAUCUAGGGGCUCAGUUGGAGUUGCAUUGUCCACGUCAUCCCAACCCUGAUACACCCCUUUUAGUAUCAAAGGCUGACGAUUUCUUGCGAGUCGCACCAGAAGGAGGAUAUUUUAUCAUGGGUAUGCAAUAUCAUGAAAUCGACCUAAACGAGGAUCCUUGUAUCUUCCCGGACUGUGGACAUUUCGCCACCAAGACCAACAUGGAUGGCAUCAUGGAUAUGAAGGCCCAUUACAAGAUGUCGGCUGAGGAUAACCCAGUGGCCAUCCUCAACACCUCUGAACCAUUCUCCAUGGAGGAGGUAAAAGUCUGUCCGACUUGCCGUGGAUCCCUACGUAGUAUCUCGCGAUAUGGGCGAAUAGUCCGACGAGCCAUGCUCGAUGAGUCCACCAAGAAGUUCGUUUCUUGGUCUCAGAUUGAGUAUAGCAAGCUUGCAGAACUUCUACUCGAUGUGCAGGGGCGCAUCUCAACAGCUCCACCCCCUCCCCGAGUCUUACAGAAAGAUACCCGCUCUAACAAGAAAGUCUUUUCGGCUGGCCGUGUGAAACAGAUCCAACUUAUCCGCGACUGGGUAGGAGACAACAGAUAUGAAGAAGCUUUUAAGCUGUGGCAGCGAAUAAACAAUUUCCUCGGGCAGGUGAGAAGGGAAGAGCAGCCUUUCCAGCGCGUUAACGACUUUGUCCUACAUGCAACGCGACAGCAGAAAACUCAGGGGGUAUUUGCCUUUGAUGAGACAAGGAUCCAGAUUAAGGGGCACUUACAGGCAUGCACGCUUUCCCUAAAAUGCGAUAUUAUCGUCGUUACCGACUUCAUGAAGCAGCGAGAUUCGCUGACAGAGAGUCGAGGGGAGCUAAAUCUGGAUUUCUCCCUACAGUUGGAUGAGUGCGAGUCUCUCGCAGAGCGUGCCAAGGCCACGGGAUAUCCCAGACAAGAAACUGAGGCUCACGUAUACUUUGCACAGUUUUGCGCCUUCAGCCGAGUGUUAGUCUCAGCCGAGAAAGCAGAGGAUGGGUCUAACACCAACGCUGUAAAGGCCGAAAAGUUCAAGGAAAAAGCUAAGGAACACCUAGCUCUCGCUCGUGAACUAGUCGCGAAGUAUAACGACCAAACCAAGGGGAUGAUGGCGGAGAUCGAGGCGACGGAAAAGAUGGUACGUGAUAGCGUAUUCUACGAUACUGUAUCUACGGAUGAGAUGCGGGCGGUAUACCGUGCUAUGGCAUCUGAGUUCUCCGGGACCGGCCACUGGUACAAGUGUGCGAACAACCAUCCAUUUACAGUUGGCGAGUGCGGGAUGCCAAUGGAGCAAGCCAGAUGUCCGGAGUGUGGAGCGCCCGUCGGUGGUACUAACCAUACUCCUGUUGCGGGAGUUCAACACGCUAACGAUAUUGAUAACCUGGCUCGCGGUCUAGGUGGACUAGGAAUUAAUUAA